UUUAUUUAUUAAACGUCAAAAUAGCAGUGAAAAUGGCGGCUCUUAUCAACCACUCUGUUCGAAGAUUUUUGCAAACUUCUGCCCGAAGGGCCGUUCAGGUCCAGGGGCCUUCGGCCGUUUCCGGUGGCCAUGAAGGGGGCUACAAGGUCUGGAGGAAUAUGACGUUCUUUGUGGCAUUUCCAGCCAUCGCUCUGUGCGCUGUGAACUGCUACCUGGCCCACUACAGUGGGCACCAUGAGAGGCCACCUUUCGUCAAGUACGAGUAUUUGAGGAUCAGGACUAAGAGGUUCCCGUGGGGCGAUGGCAACCACUCCUUGUUCCACAACCCACACACUAAUGCUCUCCCUGAUGGUUACGAGGAUGAACAUUAGAGAAUAAAUUUAUAGUUACCAAUUGUAAUUCUUGCAUUCUUAAAUUAAAUAAAGUAGUGGUUAUAACAA